ACGUCAGACGUUGAUAAAAAAACCAGCAAUCCGUCGCGAUUAUCCAGUACAGAAUUCAAGAAGCUCUUCCAUCCUUUGUCAUUUUGCAUCAUAUUCGAAAUCGUUAUAUUCGUAUUAUAUUAUUAUUUUGAAAAUUAGCUUCGAAAUCGCAAAAUUUCACGAAACAUUUGGACCUAUGAGAGCAAUUAUCACGCAAGUUUUUAAUUAAUUUACGAAAUAUUUUCGUAAUAUGAUUCCGCCGUACACCAUUUUCUUCACCAUUUGAAAAGAUAACAACGAGAAACGAUACAAAAAAACUCACUUUUACCAGGACUGAUCAGGACGUUCUUGCACCAAAAGAAAUUAUUCAAGUUAAAUUAAAUUUAUCACGAUGUAGGGUUCGAAGGCAAAGAAAUUGAUAACAAAGUUUCGCAGAAUCAACAUAACUUUAUCGAUGAUUUUUACUUUAUCAAUAACUAAUAUAUAACUGUGCGUUGCAAUGGUCGAAAUAAAUCGACUUCUUGAUUCGUGUAUUAUGAUCAUUUGAUAAACUUAAAGAACUGCGAGCACCCUUUUUCGUAUAGUAUUUAAUUUUAUUUCUACACUGAUGGAUUAUUUCUGCUUAUAUUCCCAUAAAGUUCUAGCAAUCGCGAAAAUUCGAGAACAGAUGCGGACAAACAUACAGCGAUUGAACAUUGAAUAUAGGUUAGGUUGGUCUACAUAAAGUUCUUGCGUUCAAGCAGAGCGAGCAGAAGUUCAAGGCACAGCGGGCGUCGUAGUUACUUUUAAAAACUUUUGUCUAAAGGUAUUUCCAUCAUUUUGUUUGUGGCUACAUCAUUAUGUCUGAUAUAAAAGAUGUUAUCGCCCUACUUUGCAAGCAUUUGUAUCUCUCAACUGGUAUUUCGAUAAAACCGGAAUAUUUCGGAGCAGCGAAAUACAAUAAGGAAAACGAUGAAGCGGCUCAAAUUUUCUGGACAAUUUUACACAUUCUCGGUCGUCAUGCUGUUGUUAACGAUAUGGGAAUCGAUGACGUUAAUCGUUAUGACGAUGUUUACGCUACGAAACUAUUCUUCGCGUAUAUGCAAUAUCCAACCACAGAAUUUUACGCCCUUCCAGCCGAAAACAAGGGAAGUAAUUGUCGAGAAUUGUUGAUAGCCUUUGGCUGGCUAUUAGCAACGAAGAACGUCAUGAAUAUCGCUGUAAAAUCUAAACUAUUAACGAGUGCUUUUAGUCAUGAAUUCUCGCAAGAUUUUUCACCGGAAAAAAACGAGAAGCACGAAUCCCCACUUCGAGAAUCAAAAGCAGAGGCAAACAGAAUAAUUGAAAAAUGUGGUCGCAUAAAUCACAACAUCAAGGCGAUAUCAGAGUCGGCGCAAGAAAAGAUCGAAUUGAUGACAAAGAUUCACGCUGCAAGUUUGAACACUUGUGGUCUUCCUCAUCUGAGCGUUCACGAAGUAGCAUUGGCGAAAAAAUCGUUUGGCAAAAGUACUCCCGAUUACAGCAAGUCUGACGAGAAAUCACUCAAAGACUUGAAUUCGACGGCAACGAUGCUGGAGACUCAUAUGCGUUGGAUUAAAAAACAACACGUUUUUCACGACUGGAUGGUGACGGUUAUCGAGGAGAGUAAAAAAGAUUCGGUGAAACCGAGCGUACCGAAUCGAUGUGACGAAUUAUCAGACUUCGUAACGCUCUUGCGCCACGUGACGAAGAAAAAGUUGCAUUCUUUAAAAAACCGCGAGACAGAGCCGAGCGAAACUGGAAUAUUUAAAGAACCUUGCGUAUCGCGCUUUACGAGGAGUGUACAAGAACCAACGGAGACUAAAAUCUGGAUAGAAAAAACAUCCCAUCAAUUGUACAGCAUGGAGCUUGACAUAGAGUCCAAAAUGACCACAUUAACGACAGAAUUGCGAAAAAUAUUGGAAUCUAUUAAAAACUGUGUCGAGGUUUGAUCCGAUGUUAAACUGUCGUCUAUCGUAUGAGCAACGCUAUUUAUUUAAAUAAAUUAUGUACAACUUUGUUUCAUUCUCGCA